GAAAGAAUGCGGAGCCGCGUUCACACCGCCGGCGGGGCUGUUCCUGAAAGAGCGGGGAGGCGGGCUGCGCGCGCGCCGACCUGGAGCCUGCUGGAGCGGGACUCGCGGCGCCGCGCGCCCGCCGGCCCGCCCUCGGCCCUCGGCGGCACGCUCCGCCCGGCGCCGGGAGGCGCAGGGGCGCACCAUGCCUGCAGACACCCCGGGGAAGCCGAGAGCCUCGCCGCUGGCGGGAGCGCCAGCCAGCGCCAGCCGAACCCCAAACAAGCCCCGGAGCGCGGCCGAGCACCGCAAGGUGGGACCUGGUCGGGUCGGGGUUAAGGGGUGUGGGCUGGGGAUGGAAGGACGCGGGACUCAGCCGCUGCCCGACCCGCAGUCCUCCAAGCCGGUCAUGGAGAAGCGGCGCCGAGCGCGCAUCAACGAAAGCCUCGCGCAGCUCAAGACCCUCAUCCUGGACGCCCUGAGGAAAGAUAGCUCCCGCCACUCGAAGCUGGAGAAGGCGGACAUCCUGGAGAUGACCGUGAGGCACCUGCAGAGCCUGCGGCGCGUGCAAGUGACAGCCGCGCUCAGCGCAGACCCCGCCGUCCUGGGCAAGUACCGCGCCGGCUUCAACGAGUGUCUGGCCGAGGUGAAUCGCUUCUUGGCCGGCUGCGAGGACGUCCCGGCUGACGUGCGUUCUCGCCUGCUCGGCCACCUGGCGGCCUGCCUGGGCCGGCUGGGGCCCCCCGCCUCGGAGCCGCCCACGUCCGGUGUCUACUCGGGCGGGCAGCCCCGGCCGGCUUCUGACGGCCCCUUCCCGCUGCUUCGGCCCUGGGCAGCCCUCGCGCUGCCGCUGCUGCCGGGGCUGACGGGGGCAUCCGCCGCCGCCGCCUUGGCGGGGCCGCAUGGCCCCGGGGAGCCCUGGAGGCCAUGGCUGCGGUGAAGCGUCGGGUUCCAGGGCCGCGGCCGUCGCUGGGACUGUACCGGGGAAUAUUUAUUUCCAGAGACCGCGACGAGAGUUUCGUGUUUGUUUUGUCUUUUCUGUGAAAGGUCUAGUUCGGUAGCUCCAGAGGCUGCGGCCCGGGCGGUGAAGGCUCCGCGGGGCCCCGCCCCCUUCCCCAGGCCCCGCCCCUUCCCAGGCUCAGUCCGGUGCCUGUCUCCCACCUCCUGGCAGGUGGCCCCCCGCGUGGGUCCGCCCAGGCGUUGCAUUUGCCCGCACCUGCGCAGGAGCUAGAGACCCGCCUUGCAGUGGGGGCGGGGGGGGGAGGUUUCUCAGGAGGCCCACGUAGGAGGCCACAGUAACCACGUUUCCCAGAUGCAUCCCCGUGUUGGGGGCACUGGGCCAGCAGCACCUUUCCUGCUCCCACUCCCGGGACCCUGGGCACGUCCCCAGCUGCUGAGUUGUGCUGAGGGGUGACUGUGUCCUGAAGCUUCAGGUCUGGCCUGGUGCACGUCCCCCUCUGUUCUCAGGGUCCCCCCCCAAACCGGCUGCCCUGCUCUCCGUGGACAAGCCUGCCCCAGGCUGGGGUCUGCCCAGGAGAAGAGUGCCAGCAGGAGAGGAGAAAGUACCCAGGGGGCAGGGCACUGGGGUGUGGCUGCACAGGGCUCUCAGUGUGGGGUGGGAGGGGGUGCGGGAGUGCUCCCCCACCUGAGUCCAGUCCUGCUCUGUGCCAGGGAAGGGGGGGACCGUCUGCACACAUGUCCCUCCAGCAGCGGGCAGGGACUGGGCUUUCCUGGAGUCCGUGCUCCUGUCCCGAGCACCUGCUGCGCAGCAGUCCUGCAGUACCAGCUGUGACGCUAGCUCCACAGUGUUGGACGUGGGCCCUGGAGUCGCCGUCCUGCCCUCCCCGGUCAGGGCCCGCAGUGGAGUGUGUCGUUUUGAACCUGCCUGAGGCUAAGCGGAGACUCAUUUCCCCAAGCACAGUUCGGACUGGUCGCCUGUCGCCCUGCCAUCUGUCUGGCCAGGGCCCAUGGCGGCAGAGGAGGGUGAGUCGCUGCCUGAGACGGGUGUGUCCCUCCGUCGAGGUCCCAGGUCUAUGCCAUGGGCAGGGGUCACCUGGGCCCUCCUCAAUGGGGCCAUACUCACCUGGUGGGGACCUCCAAGUCCCCCCAAGCCCGUGCCCCCUGCCCUCCGGCUGCCGUGGCACAGAUCUCCCUGAGUGUCCAGGGCCCCGGUCAGGGGCUGUGGAGGGUGGCAGCAGUGGGCCGGGGGCUGCACCGUUGAACACAUGCAGGCUCGGGCCCCGGCCCUGGAAGGGAGGAGCUGUUGGUUAGGCCAGGGAGGCCCUGCUGAGCAGGGGGGCUGCCGAUGGUCUGUGCUGGGGGGCUGAAAACUUGGUUGGGGGAGGGAAGCGGUGGGGGGGCUCAGAGUGGAAGGGAAGAGAGGCCUGGGGCACGGGGGGUAGAGCCUUAGGUGGGUAGGGGGUAGUCAGGGCCUGCUCAGAGCUGGGCCCGGCUCUUGGGACCACUCUGGCCACACUGACCUAGUCAACUCGUUUUCACACAGGUCAGAGCCAGGAGGUUUGGGAAGGGCACCACCCUGGGUUAGGUCAGGAGGGUCUAAGGAAGCAUGGGUGCUGAGGCUGGGUGCCAAGGUGAGGGCCCUGGGCACAGGGCAGCCUGAGAGGGGCGGUCUCACCACCCCCCACCCCACCCCAGGCUGCCCCUUCUCAGCAGCUGAGGGCAGCCGGGUCUCGGAAACAGCGCCCCAGCCCCCAGCUGUGGAAGGAAGCACACCCCUCCCCAGGCCAGCCAGUGGAGAGCUGGGGCCCAGGCCAUGGAGUGCUCUCCCCAUGGGGGGACUCUUUUUCCUCCCCUACUUCCCACCCCCUUCUCUGUCUCCCGUGGGCUCUGGGUGGGUCAUUCCCACCCCGGCUAUUGUUAUCUUGGCUUUUAUCUGGCAGACACUUCCUGCUAAGUAAUGAUGAAACACCUUCUCCAGGCCAGGCAUGUGGAGGGGGUGGGGAGGGACCAGGGCUGGGGCGGGGCUCUCGGUCACUUCCCCUCAGUGGUGACGCAGUGGCUUGCUCAUCUCUGGCCCCCUUCCAGCGCAGUUCCUUCGAGAACCAAAGGUCAAUAAAAGUUUGCUGAGUUCAUGUGCA